GCCUUCGUGAACUUUGUCCUGCAGAGCGAGAAUGUCAGGCUACAUUGUAGUACCCGAGGAAGAGGCCAUAUAGCCUACAUUUCACAAGUGCUGCACUGCAGUCUGCAGCAAUAGGCUACACAAUGCAACCAAACAAAAUGCGGAAAAGGUCUGGCCGAGGACAAAAAGCGAGUAAAGUUGUUUCAGCAACAAGUCAUGACGUCUCGACAGAGAGGCAGCCCUCCUGGUUCGGACGGUGUGCCAGGAUUUUCGCCAAGCUGGUGGGGGCUCUCUGUGUUUUUUACUACUUCAUGGUACCUGUUGCAGUGAGACUUUACCCUGGCGUCUUGUCUCACCCAUCGCUCUCGUACGUCGCCCCAUACCUCACCGAUGUCAGCCGACCAUUGGAUUUCGCCCUCAACCACACAAUUAACUUUCGCCUGUCUCCUGAGAAGGGGAUAUCACUGGGAGUAUGGCUCACAGUUCAAGACAGCUUGUCGCAGGAGGCACAGGGUAAGGACUUGGAAUGGUACCAGCAGACCAUAGGCAAUGGAGCACCAGUAUUCAUCUAUCUGCAUGGAAAUACAGGCAACAGAGGUGCGAAACACAGAGUUGGAGUUGUGAAUGUUCUGAGUGCCGCUGGCUUUCAUGUUUUGGCCGCAGACUAUAGAGGGUUUGGGGAUUCCACAGGUGAACCCACUGAGGCAGGCCUGACCACUGACGCCGUCCACCUGUACCAGUGGGUAAAAGCACACAGUGGGAAUAGCCUUGUCAUCAUGUGGGGCCACUCACUGGGAACAGGAGUAUCCACCAACACUGCGGUAAAACUUCAAGAACUAGGGACUCCUCUUGAUGCUGUGAUACUGGAGGGGGCCUUCUCACGUGUUCCCAAAGCGCAGGCAGGAAUGCAGCAUCCGUUUGCCUGGUUCUACUUUAGAUUCCCAUAUUUUGAAUACUUUUUCUUGGACCCCAUGUCAAAGAACAAAUUGACCUUUCCCAGUGCUGAAAAUGUAAGGAAAAUGAGGACCCCACUGCUGAUUCUUCAUUCUGAAGAUGAUCACCUUUGUCCACCCUUCAUGGCUCAGGAGUUAUAUGAGAUUGCCCGGAGUUCGGUAGACUCAGAAGAGCAUGUGAAGCUGGUUCUUUUCGAGGGUGUCCAUGGAUACCUGCACAACGGCCUUUACAGGGACGCCCGACUUCCUGGAAUCCUCAAGGAGUUUGUGUCUUCAAUCAACGCUUAAUGCAGGGGUGGGGAAUUUAUGUCUCGAGGGCCAUUUGCGGCCCUUGAAGCCGUUUUAUCCGGCCCCCUUACAUAAUUUUAAUGUUAUGCAGCUUCACAUGAAAUAUUACAUAUUUUAUAAAGGAAUCUUAGAAAUUCUAUUUGCAAUACAAUUAAGCUAUAUUCAGGGGACCUAUAGAAGG